CUAGUAGUACAACAGGAUACCAACUUCGCACAAAAUGAGGCAUCGCUACAUCAUAUACAUCUGUGCUGCAGGUGUAGCGGUCGUCUGGUUUGUUUAUAUAACGAUGUCAGCUGUCACGCCGGCAAUGCAGCAACAGACUAAUCUACCCGUCAAAUACAUUCUGCAAUGGACGCCAAGAUAUUCUCCUUUCGACCUCAUAAAAGAAGGAGUAGGUUCCUUCAUUUCCAACAAUUGCAAAUACGUCAACUGCUUCGUAACAGGUGAUAGAAGCGCGAUGCCCCAUAUCACAGACUUCGACGCGAUCGCGUUCAGUGGGAAAGAUCUAACAGUACGUAUAGAACUGCCUAGUGAAAGAGUGGAACAUCAAAAAUACAUCUUCGCUGCAACAGAAUCGUCGCAUUAUUUCCCUGUAUGUGACAGCGUUUAUGACAACUACUUCAAUUGGACUUGGACUUACAGGAUAGACUCUGACUUUCGUUGGAGCUACAUAAAGAUUUAUGAUAUGGACGGACGAUUUGUAGGGCCCAAGGAAGAGAUGCAUUGGCCAGAGCUGAGAUCUAUAGAUGAUGAGUUAAAGAGGAAAUUGGACGCUAAAUCAAAAGGGGCCGCGUGGUUUGUGUCUAACUGUCACACGCAGGGAAGAAGGGAAGUGUUUUAUCAAGAAAUGGCAAUGGAAUUGACUAUUCCAAAAUAUGAUUGGAGUAUAGAUGUGUACGGUGAGUGCGGACCGCUCAGUUGCACGCGCAAAUACGAACAGGAGUGUAACAAAAUGGUUGAAGAAGAUUAUCACUUCUAUUUAUCAUUCGAGAACUCUUUUGCCGAGGACUAUGUGACUGAGAAAUUGCUAACUGCCCUCAACAAUUACGCAAUACCAGUCGUAUAUGGUGGUGCUAAUUAUUCGCGGUUCCUUCCACCGGGAAGUUAUCUCAACGCACGCGAACUUGGACCGAAGAAACUUCUGGAGAGAAUGAAUGAAAUCUACAACGACAAAGAGAAAUUCUACAGUUUCUUCAAAUGGAGGAAUCAUUACAGAUACGAACACUCGUUGGCCAGAGACGUGUGUGAUUUGUGCAGUGCUCUUAACGACGACACUAAAAUGAGACCAUACACGCAUCGUGAUUUGAGGAAAUGGUGGAAUGGAGAAAGGUGGGAUGGAGAAGAAAUCACGUGUAGACGUACAGAAGAGAGAAAGUAGAUACCUAAAUAACACAAACACGAUGAUGAUGAGAAAAAAGAAUAGUUAUCACAAAGACAUAAAUUAACAAAGUGGUAAAAUCAUUACAUUAAUGAUUGUAACGUUUUGAAGAAUUAAGCUAUUGUAUAUUCAAUUUAGCUAUUGUAUAGAGUAGCUCAGUGGCGUAGUGGAUAAGCGCCGCGGCCCGCGAUCGUAAUCGUUAAUCAACUUUCGCAAGGGUCGGUCACGGGAUGGGUGACCAAAAAUUAUUAUCUCGAGCUACUCCGUGCUUCGGAAGACACGUUAAGCCGUUGGUCCCGGCUGCAUUUGCAGUCGUUAAUACCCUCCAAUCCGCAUUGGGCCAGCGUGGAGGGUCAAGGCCCAUCCUCCUUAACCAUCCAUAAGGAAGGCCUGAGCCCCUGCAGUGGGGACGCAAAAGGGCUGGUGAUGUGGUGAUGUGAUGUGAUACUCAAUUUAGUACAUUCCAAACUCAAGGCCAAAAUCCUAGGUAGCACUUUGACCUUGCUCACCUCACAGUGACAUCAGUUAGCAAAAAAAAGCUUUAUCCUCCGAUCCUACCGAGUUUACUCGUAUUCAAUCAAAAUACACUCAGCUUAUUGUUAGAUACGGCGUGGUGUGUACGUUCAAUACAUCGGAUUGAAUCAAAUGCACUUAAAGUUCAUUGUGUGCAUUUUGAUUGAAUCCAAUGUCAAUCAGAUCGAUAUCAGUCGAAUAAAGCGGUAGGCUGGUUUCAAACAAGAGUCUUGUCUCAAACAAUAAAAUUCAGUUUCGGCUG